AGGUGCGGGCGGGAGGCGGCGGGAAUGGCGUCCGUGGUGCUGAGCGAGGCGGAGAAGCUCUACAUCGUGCACGGCGUGCAGGAAGACCUUCGUGUAGAUGGUCGAGGCUGUGAAGACUACAGAUGUGCAGAAGUAGAAACAGAUGUUGUAUCAAACACAAGUGGAUCUGCAAGAGUAAAGCUGGGAGAAACUGAUAUCUUGGUAGGCAUAAAAGCUGAAAUGGGGACACCGAAGUUGGAGAAACCAGAUGAAGGUUACCUGGAAUUUUUUGUUGACUGUUCUUCAAAUUCUCCUGAGUUGGAAGGCCGGGGAGGAGAAGAACUUGGCACUGAUAUAGCAAAUACACUGUACAGAGUAUUCAGCUGCGAGAACACUGUAGACUUGAAAUCCCUUUGUAUUAACCCCAAAGAGCACUGCUGGGUUCUCUAUGUGGAUGUAUUGUUAUUGGAAUGCGGUGGGAACAUCUUCGAUGCAAUCUCUAUUGCAGUGAAGGCUGCUCUCUUUAACACAAGAAUACCCAAAGUGCGUGUUCUGGAGGAUGAAGAGGGCACCAAAGAGAUUGAGCUGUCUGAUGACCCUUAUGAUUGUAUUCGACUCAACGUAGAUGAGGUGCCCUGCAUUGUCACACUAAGCAAAAUUGGAUAUAGGCACGUGGUAGAUGCUACCCUUCAGGAAGAAGCCUGUUCUUUGGCAAGCCUGCUUAUUUCCGUGACCAGUAAAGGUGCCAUCACUUCUUUGAAGAAGGUGGGGAAAGGUAGCCUGGAUCCUGAGAGUAUUUUUGAAAUGAUGGAGACAGGACAAAGAGUAGGCAAGUCACUUCACACAGCCCUUCAGAAGAUUUUGGAUGAAGAAGAGAGUUUGGGGACUUCACGACCAAAAGUUGGAUUUCUGGGAUGAGUUUUUAUUAAAUGUUCAAAACUGUUUUAAAUUGAUUUUGCAAUCUUGUCAGUUUGUAUAUAAAGAAAAGGUUGGGGGUAUUUUUUUCCAGUAAAGUCAUCCUCCUGGCUAAGAGGCUUUCAGAAUGUUACUAAGCAUAAAGAAAGCUACAGUUAAACGCAAAUAAGCAAAUUUGAGUUGCUUUCCAUACUGGUAACUGCUGGCACCUAGGAAGUGCAGCAGCAGCUGAUGCUGUUGCCUGGGAGGUGCUUGAGUCUGUUUUCCAGAGUGACUGGUGUACUUUUCCACUUAAUUCUGUUUGCAGGUGUUUCACUUCUGUAAACCAGCUGCUGUGUUCUAGAAUGCAUAUGGGGUUGUCUUCAGUGCAGCACUAACGAGAGCAGCACGAGUUGGAAGUCUUCCUUAAAAUUACCUUACUAUUCUUUGAAUAAAAUGUGGCUAGAUUUUACUAUAAAUACAACAUGGUCCCAAGUUCCCAAUUCAUAUUUUAAAGCAGGGUUUGUCUACAACUACCUCACAAGGGGAAGCAGGGGAGCAGGCGCUGAACUAUUCUCUUUGGUGACUGGUGACAGGACUCGAGGGAACAGCCUGAAGCUGUGUCAGGGGUGGUUUGGGUUGGAUAUCAGGGAAACAUUCCUCAUCCAGAGGGUGGCUGGGCACUGGAACAGACUCUCCCAGGAUGUGGUCACAGCACCAAGGCUGACAGAGCUCAGGAAGUGUUUGGACAAUAAUUGCAGGCACAUGGUGUGACUCUUGGUGUCCUGCACAGGGCCAGGAGUUGGGCUUUGAUGAUCAGUUCCUUCCUCCUGAUGAGUGAGUUCCUUCCUCCUCGGGAUUGAUUUCCUUGCUCCCUAGAGCUCUACCUAUCCCUUCUGCCAACAGGUGCAAUAGUAACCCAGGCACAACAUGUCUCACUGUGGCUAAGGAGAAGGGACACAGCCAAGGUAGAUGGGAAACUAAGUUGAUCCUUAAGAGUUUGAUAAUUCAGCUGGAAGAGCAUAGUGUCUGUCAAUAAUGAUCUUUCACAGGGAAAAGCAGAGGAUUAGAGACAAGGCAUGGAUACAAGUUGCAUUAUCAGGUGUUGAAAGCGCUGGAUUCCCUCCCUAUAUCAACUGGAUGGCCCAGUGUCUUGGUUUGAAAGACAGGUAUCUGCUAGGGAGAGGCGGGGCCUUUCUAGGAAUGGGGAAUUCCAAUCCCUUCCCUCCAAGUUAUUAUAAUUUAGUAGAUUAAAGAGGCUUUUCAGUCAGAGCUAUGGGGAAAGGAAUAACAGUUCUUUACUAGUAAGUAUAACAAGGCAAACAAACAACAACAACUACAGCAUUAAUAAUAAACAGAGCCAGGAACCUCGAGGGGCUUUGUUUCACAAAGCCCAGGGCAGUCUCAUCCCUUGGGACCCCGAGAGCACCAAGCUGGAGUGGUGGAAACUCCCGGGCUGGUGACUGGAGCUGCAGGAUGUCCCCAGCAGGGCAGGGGGCUGUCCCGGCAAAGUGAGCAGUGCUGAAGAAGCCGUGACGGCUGGACAGGGCUGGCCCAGCUCCAGCAGGGCAGGCGAGGAGCUCCGAAUUCCUGGGCACUCCAGCAGAUGAUGGACGGUGGUAGAAUUCCCAGGGCCGGACCCUCCGUUUACAGUGGACUCCUCCUGGAGCAAGACGCCGCCCGACCAUCCUCUCCGAUGCCGAGAGCAGAAAAAGAAACUCAGCUCCCCCCAGCACUGUCCUUUUCCCUCCCCCAAACGUUGUGUGAUCGUCUGCCUCCCCUGCCACGUCUUUUUGUGCUAGUCAAGUACCCUCUAAGUAUCGGCACUUUGUUUCCUAGUAACUUAUGGGGAAAAAUUCUUUAAGACAAAAAGCAACAAAUCUAACCCCCAACACCCAGCAAAGAGUGAGAGGUGUUUAUUUGGCAUGAUUGGGAGACAACAGAUGGAAAACGUCAAAGAAGCUGAUUUUUAAGAAGCUGAUAUUUCAACUGCAAAUGUUAAGGAUUGUUUUGAACAAACUUUAUGGCAGAAGUUACUGCAAUAAUCCAGGAGUUGUUUAGCUUUUACUCAAGCAACAUUUUCUGAAUUUUCUGUUUCAGUUUUCUAAUAUCCGAUUGAGAAUAUUCUCUUGACUUGGGGAAAAGGGAAGGAAGGCUUUUGCUGAAGGAGGGCUGUAGAUACAGGACAGAACAUAUUACAGCUCAAACUAAUAAGCAUGAUCACAUUAAAAUAUAUGGAGUCCCCAUAUAUUAAGGUCCCCACAUUUCUACAGUCCUUUUGCUAGAGCUCAUAGUUAUUCACAUAGUUAUUCAAGGUGACUGCAACAGCACUGUGUAUUUCAGGUGUGUGUAGCCACUGCUGUAACAAACAGUGCAAUAAGUAGGCAGGUUGUUAAAAAAAAAAAAAAAAAGAAGAAGUUGUCUCCCAAAAUUUGCCCAAGGUUUUUUAUUUUGAAGGGUUGGGAUUUUUUCAGAACUAACGGUUGAGGUAGGUUAUAAUGGUGCUGCACAGUAGUAGAGCCAAGAAGUGACAAUAAGUGUGCGUAUUGCCUUUUAUCACUUCAGCAGAGUUAUUCUGUGUGAGGCAAAUGCUAACCUGACAUCAGCUUUACAGUAGCUGUGAUCCACUCUUUGCCAUGCAGAGCUGCUUGUAAAAACAUAGAAAACUGAAGGGAGAAAAAACCUUUAAAGUAUCUUAGACUUAUCACAGGCAGGUUUUUUGAUCACAUAUUGUUCAGUGUUUCAGAAAAUGGUUAAUGUGAAUGAGACUGCAAGUCUUGAACCUCAGCCAUUCUCUGAAUGUUUUAUUGCAGAUUUGUGGUUGGAGACCAAAAGCUGCCCCGAGUUACACUCGGGGUGAAUUUUGUAACAUGGAUAGUGUAAUUCUACACAGCCUUCCAGCUGAAGGAUCUCCAAGCAUUUUGCAAGUUACAUCAAUUCAGAUGCUUCUUUUCCCCUCUCCAGAUCCUUUUAAUUUUGAAUAUAUAUUUUAUGAGAGCUGGAGGUGGUGGUGGGAAAAGAACCAUCACUGUGUUUCAAGUGCGUAAACUGACGCCUCUGUAGAGGGAAGUACACGUGCGCUCCCUUCCCCAUUUCUUAAUAAGGAUAGCAAAUAUUUAGCCCUCUGAGAUCCAGGCUGUGUUCUCAAGAGAGAGACUUGGUGCCAAGCACUUCCUCAGAGCAACACUGUAAGUUAGCUUGGUGCCAGUGUCUGCAGUGCCUCCUCUACACGUGUGUGUCCUUCUCCAGGUCUUCUGUAGCUGAGUGUGCAGGCACAGAGUGAAUUCGGGGUCCCGAGGAGUCCUGUGCCUUCUGUGUCACUGCUUCCUAUCUGUUGGCAUGGAAAAGAAGUGGUGUGGAGAGUGACCCCAGUUCAGAUGGGGUCUGCUUCAACCCCUGAGACGUAAAUAAUGAGCCCAGCCAAAAGUAUUAAAGAUCUGCUAGUUGGUCUCAGCUGCCCCUGGAGGUUUGCUGCUACAAGCUCAUGUCCCAGAUGGAUAAACAAAGCUCUAACAGGGGUAAAAGGUCCUGCAGCUCUCCUAGCUGAUACAGUAUCUGCCAAGAAAUCUGUGAGACUGUGGUUCUCAGGCAUGCUAAAGGCUAAUUUCUAUUUUCUUUGCUCCCUUUAACCCCUCCCUUCUAUUCCAAACAAAAAUAGCAAAAUUUUAAUAGAGACUUCAACUGAGAAUGCCCCUGUUCCCAUCUGGGUUGGUGGAAAGUUCCAUGUGUUGCUGUGCAGAUACUGCCACGUUUUCAUUGACUCGAGUCCAGUAGAACUAAGAGGAAACAUCUGUGGAGUGGGAUAGCUCUCUGUUUGUCCCAGAAAUUAAUUGCUUCUGCUGGGAGUGUCGAGAGGCUGAAAGCUGUGUACUCGAGAUGAGGAGUCUAGCAACUCCUGCUCGGCUUCUACUCGUGUUGCCUAAAAAAGCACCCACCUGCAAUUUACCUGUUUCGCAGGGGCAGCAUUCCCCUCGAAGCAGAAGAGGGCUAGGCUGUAGGUCAGUGGACCUGGCAGAUUUACCAAGCUCGCCUGCAGUCAGGCUUUAAACGAAGCCUUUAUUCAGCACAGCCUGCCGUAAAGACAAAUUGGUGUGAGCCAGAGCCUGCUCACAGCUCCUGUGAGACUGGAUGAGACUGGAGUAUGCCAGUCUCUCUUCAAGGGAUUUGGCACCUUGAUUUGACAUAGACAAAUUUCUGCAUCUGCUUUGUAAGCAGCAAUAACCUGAGGUUUACCCACUUCAGCUAGGACUGCCUCGAGCUUUUCUUUUGAGCUGCAGCAAAUGUCACUGCCUUCCCCAGCAGCGGGAUGUUCUCCAGCCCUGCUGUGGCACGGGUUUGCUUUGCCUGUGGAAGUGGCCACUGGCACCCAGAGAGUGGAAGAAACAAAGCUGUGACUGGUGAGACCUGAGCACUCCAGUCCUUACCCCAGAGCCUUGUUCUCUCUGUUCCUUUAACACGCUGAGAAAAAUGCAAGAGCCGGUGUGCAACUGGUACUGAAUCUCUUCAGCCAUCUGCCUCUGUGUGCUUUCUCACUGCUCCCCAACCUCUUGUCUCUUACUGCGCUCCUGCCCAAUUGCACUGCCUGCCCGUGCAAGGCAGCUUUUCCUUCUGAGGCAAAAUGUGGCUGCUUCUGUUAGCUGUGCCUCACAGAGGCUUCUUUUUCCUCUGUCGAAGUCCUGGACUUGCAGUGAUAAUGCUCAGCCACAGCAGGGCACUUAGGUAUGGGUCUCCCCACAGAGAAACUGCACUGCCUUAGGUUUUCCUUGGAUCUGUAUUUCUAGCUAUUUUCUUUGGGCUGCAUUUCUAGCUAUCCAGGAACAAAGAUGUUUUUGCUGUUGCUGCAAAACAUCAUUAGAAUCUCAAACAUGCUGCUAAUGACUCCCUAGUGAUGGUUUAAACCUCCAUUUCAUUGACUGGAACGCUUUUUAAUAAAGCUGUGGUUAUCUCUCGAGCUCUGUGAACAUCUCUGUUGCUAUCCUGAUCUCAAGAUUUGAGUAAGAUGGAGCAGCACAGGCAUGGAUGAGUUUUCAUGUCGCACCAUUUGUUGAUGAGAUUUGUUUUCCUUUACUUAGACAGAGAUCAUCAUAGCUGCUGCAGUCCCUUAACUUGUACCUUCUAAGAAGAAUUCUCAGGCCCAUUCGGAUUUCCUCCACCCAGCUGGCUGUGGCAGGGAGCAGUGUGCUCAGGUACUGGAGGUACUAGGAGCCACCAGCCUGCAGACCCUCCCUUCCACAGGAGCUCUCUCACUGCCCCUUCUCUCUGGGUUUUGGCAAAUGGUAAGUUUAGCUAUUUCCACAGCUGGAAACCCAUGGGUUGAAAAGUUAGGGUUUAAGUCUGUCAUGGGUUAGUACAGUUUGGUUUUUUAGUUAUAGAAAAAUGUAAAAUAAUUCUCCAGGUCAGGACCUGGGAAUUGCUUUAAAAGAGACAGGGACUUAUUAGAGAGUUAGUUGGAAUAUUGACAUUUAUUUUGACUACUGAAAUUGUUAGCUAUAUAAAACUCUAUGAAUUUCUUGUAGGUGGGUCUUUUUCUUUAUUUCUUUUGGCUAGAGAGAGACAGGUAACAUUGAGCUGGGCCUGCUGCUCCCCCCUUUUGGGGGGAGCUGGCCUGAGACCUGGCUGGAUUCCAUCGGCUCCCAGGUGAAGGGGGGGAAGGAGAGGUUGCUGCUUUACAACAACUACUUACUUCAAAUUUUCUUGGAGCAGAGAAAAUCUCUGCUGGGCCCCUGAUGGGAGCUAUGGGCACUAUUUGGGGCGAGGCCACCCCAAUUUACACUGAGGGGUGGGCUGAGAAGGCAUUUAUGAUCCUGCCUGGGUUUUUUUGUGAUUCUGGACUGCUUGAGUGCUCUAAUCUCUGAUGUUUCUGUGAGUUCUUCCUCUUUCAUCAGCUCAGCUUUAAACAUCUAACACUACGAGCUACAGAGAGAGAGAGACAAAGACUCUGAGCAGAUUUAACUCUUUCUUAGCAACAUGAAGCUUCCAGAGCUUGGCCCUUCUCUGAGAGAGUAAGGAAAGACAGAGUGAACAUAAAGACCAACAGCAUGAAGUCAGUAGCAAGAGUAAAAAGACUAUUGGGACAGAGGGUUGAAGAGUUGGUUAUUCUAUUCUUACUUGAGCCAUGGAAAUAAGCUCUAUAUUUAGGUUAUUCCUUUAAAUCAUGAGAAAGAUAUGCAUUUGGAGAGAUGAUUGUUUUGCGUGUAGAUUUAAGCAAAAGUGUUUGUGAUGAACUAAGUAAUAUCCUAUAAGAUGCUUGAACAGAGGUAAAGAUGAGAAGCCCCCUGCGCCAGUGAAGAAGUGAGAAGGUAUCUCUGUACAUUGAGGUGAAGAAUCCUUUGCUUUGGAGUUCUUUAUCUUUAAAAGGUGACGCCCCAGUAUGCAAAAGUCUAAGACCCAUGACCCAUAAGCAGCUUGGGAAACUGCUCCUUGGAGGGUCACAAAAGCAGGUUUCUCAGGGCGGUUGUUUUUGUGACAGUUUAAAACCCACAAGAGAACUGUUCUAAGUUGUCAGUGGGAUCCAUGACUCAAAAAGAGACUCUUCCCCUAAUUAAUUGAUGAAAGACUAUUAUCAGAUAAUGAAACUGACUGAAAAUUACAAGUUUUGUCUCUUUAUGUUGUUUUGUAAGAAAGUGAACAAUUUAUAAGGGGAGGGAAAAGUGUUUUUUUGAAGUUUCAUUCCAUUUUACUUUUUUUCCAACUCUCUGUUUUUCUAUUCUUUUAGUGUAUGUUAAUAAACUAUUUGUUAAUUUUAA